GUCUCCUCGAGGAGGGCCAACGCCCACGGCCGGGGGCGGCGACGGGUCCGGGCCAGCGACGGCCUCCAGCUCACAGGCCGACCCGGGUGCCCUUCGCCUCCUUGGCCUCAGUUUCUCCUGUUUAGAAUGAGUGAAGACUCGCCAGGCCUGGCCAAGGGCGGGUGCCCGUGGGACAGGACACCCUGAGACGCCCAAGGGCUCGUCCGCGCCCCAGUCUAAAGACACCCUCAGCCUGGGUGUCUGGAAUCGCUUGAGACCUGGAAAAUUCACGGGACACACGAGGAAAGCGGCACGAUAGAAAUGGGUGUUUCGUUAAAUGCUUCUGUACAUGAUAUGUCAACUUUCGUAAAUAUUUUGUACCGGCUGAAUCCUGGGGCGCUGGGGGAGAACCUGGUGGUGGAGGAAACAGAAACCGAAGCUAAGCUCGUGAUAAAGCAGGUGGAAUGCAUUGAUGAGCAUCAUGCCAAUGAGGCCCUGGAGGAGCUGAUGCCACUGCUGAAGCUUCAGCACGCCCACAUCUCUCUAUAUAAAGAGCUGUUCAUCACGUGGAACGCGGAGAUCUCCUCUGUGUUCCUCUGCCUGGUGAUGGAGUUCCACCAGGUCAGCUUCCAGGAUGUCAUUGAGAGUAAGAGGAAGGCGAAGGAAGUCAUUGAGCCUGAGUGGCUGCAGGACGUGCUGGGCCAGGUGCUGGACGCGCUAGAAUACCUGCACCGGCUGGACAUCGCCCACAGGAACCUCAAACCGUCCAACAUUGUCCUCAUCAGCCGCAACCACUGCAGACUGCAGGACCUGAGCCCCAACUCGCUGAUGACCCACGAAGCCAAGUGGAACAUACGCGCGGAGGAAGAUCCCCUCCAUAAAUCCUGGAUGGCCCCCGAAGCCCUCAACUUCUGCUUCAGCCAGAAAUCCGACAUCUGGUCGCUGGGCUGCAUCAUCCUUGACAUGACCACCUGCUCCUUCGUGGAUGGCACACAGGCCAUGCACCUGCGCAAGGCCCUCCGCCAGAGCCCGGGCAGCCUGAAGGGCGUCCUGCAGACAAUGGAGGAGAAGCAGAUUCCAGACGCCAAAACCUUCGUGUUUCUUUUGCCCCUGAUGCUCCAGAUCAGCCCCUCAGAUCGAAUCACCAUCCGGGACGUGAUCAACAUCACCUUCGUGAGCAGCUCGUUCAAGUCCUCGUGCGUCGCUCUGACCCUGCACCGGCAGAUAGUGCCUGAAUUCAUCACUGACAUGCUAUUAGGAGGCAAUAUCGCCAGCAUCGUAGAGGUCAUGCAGAACUUGUCCAGCCGACCUGAAGUGCAGCUCCAGGCCAUGAAGAGGCUCCUGACGAUGCCUGAGGACGAGCUAGGUCUGCCGUGGCCCGCGGAACUGCUGGAGAUGGUGACGGCCGUCAUGCAGCAGCACGAGAGGAUCGCCGACGUACAGCUGUGCGCCUGCUCCCUGCUGCUGCGCCUCCUGGGCCAAGCGCUGAAGCGCGACCCAGAAGCCGAGGCUCCCUGUGACAUCUCGGUCCUCUCCACCCUGCUGAGCGUCCUGCGGAGCCACCCCGACGUGGAGCAGCUCAUCAUCCUGGUCUACAACCUGCUGUCCAUCAUCACGGGCCAGGGCCCACUCACAGCACUGGCCUCAGAGGAGCUGCAUAAGGCCGGGCUGUUGGAGCACAUCGUGGAACACCUGGACAGCUCUCCUGAGAACAGGGACAUCUGUGUCAGUGGCCUGAGCCUGCUCUGGUGCCUCCUGGUGGAUGCUAUCAUUGUGGACAAGACCCCCUUGGAGAAGGCCCCGGCCCUCCUCAUCCAGGUGCUGGAUGCCUACCCCACGGACGGGGAGGUGGCUGAGGCUGGCUGUGCAGUGCUCUGGCUGCUGUCCUUGCUGGGCUGCAUAAAGGAGAGCCAGUUUGAACAGGCAACAGCAGUGUUCCUGCAAAGCAUCCGCCUGUGCCAGGACAGAGUCCUGGUGGUGAACAACGCCUACCGGGGACUGGCCAGCCUCGUCAAGGUGUCAGAGACCACCAGGGUAGGAACCCACUCUCACCUGCCCCCAGAGCUGGCGGCUUUCCAGGUGGUGGUGCAGGAGGGGGGCACCAGUGGCCUUGGCCUCAUCAAGGAGACCUACCAGCUCUACAAGGAUGACCCCGACGUGGUGGAGAACAUCUGCGUGCUGCUCGCCCACCUCGUUCCCUACAAGGAGAUCCUGCCGGAGCUGGUGACCCACGGCAUCCACACCCUGGCCCGGGAGAUCAAGGAGCGCUUCACCUCCAGCCUGGACCUGGUUUCUUACGUGGAGCAAGCGCUUCUGAGGCUGGAGGCGGCGUCAGCCACACUUGCCUGUCCCCUGGAAGGGAAGCCUCCGGGCACUGGCGCCAGCGAGGAGGCGGGCACCCCAGAGGCCCCCCUCCUCCACGAGCGCCCUCUCCCCCUGCCCUGAAGUGCCCGCCCUUCCUGGCCCUGCAUAGCCAGAGCUGCCCAGUGGUGGGGGUGAUGUUUUCCUGGGGGGUG